AUGGAGAACGAGAAAAUUGAGCAAACUUGGAAACAAAAAUUACUAUUUUAUACUACAGCUUUCUUCGUGCUGCUUGGCAUAUUUAGCUUAUUUUCGUUUUUAUUCCUUGUGCCUUUUGUCAUCGACCCGGCUUUUACAACGAUUUUCAUGGAAUUUGACGAAGAACCCGCUCAUUGUGUGACCUUAAGAACAGAUAGACGCAUAGGUGCAUCAAAUUGUAGUUGGACAUCUUGCAGAGAAGGUUGCACAAAAGAUAUUUAUACGUGCACACAAAUUUUUGUAAAUUACAAAGCGGCUAAUCGUACUAACACCUCAACAGUUUUAUCUACUGUGCCACCUCAAGCUCUACUAAUGCGUGAAAAAAGAGCUAUUUUAGACGAUUACGAUUACGAUGAAGACGACUUAUCAAAUGAUCAUGAAGAAUGGACAUUCCAGGAAGCAAAACUUUUACCUAACGUAAAGGGCUGUGGUUACCCUCCUAUGCUCAACUGUUCCAUUUUUUUAAAAACUCACCAAGAGAUCGGAUCCAAUUUUUCUUGCUAUUAUAGUAAAGUAGAUCCCAGUUUGGUUAUAAGUCACUUAGACAUGUGGCAAGUUUACAUGAACUUGGUGUACGCCAUGGCAAUACCAAUUCCUUCGUUUAUUAUAUCUGUAGUGUAUUUGGCGUUUGCCUAUUUUAAAAUUUAUAACGAAGACGAAGAAGAGGCCCCUCUAGAGAAAAAUGCUGAAGAUAUUGACAUGGAAGGCGAUAGCGGGCCUGUAGAAACACCAAUUCCUCCGGCUAGUGGAGGAUUAACACCAGCAAGUGAAGCGUUUAGAGAAGAUCUGGCAAGUUUUGGUCACCAUCUUAAAGUGGCUAUGGUGGAUGAUAUGAGUCGAGAUAGUUUAGUAGACGGAGUUUCAAUCGGAGUCCCAAUUGGAGGAAGCAUAGGCAAAACGAUGACAACCAGCAUCUCGACCACAGGAGGUCCAGUAGCUAAUAUAUAAAAUUAAUGAGCCCUGAAGCCGCAUUUUGAAUGUUCUCAAGCUUAUGUUUCUCAUUCUUUUCGUAAAGCCUAGGAUAAAUUCAAAGAUAGUUUGAAAUGAAAAACGUUAUUCACGUUCCUCUCAAAAUAGAUAGUAAGUAUACAUAAUUUUUCUUAGUUAUGCUUGCAAUAUUCGAUAAAUUCGGUAUAAAAGCACAUUUUCCCGUUUGCUUUUUAAAUCGAUGCUUUCCAAUAAUAAUUAAAGAUUUUAGUGUCGCACGCAUAUCGUUACAACUUGACCUUAUCAAAUGUCGUAAUGUACCGUCCACAACAAUAAAACCCCAUUUCACAUGCAAUUAUUCAAGUAUAAGAAAUCAAUUUUCAACAAAAUAUCAACUAACCUUGAAAAACCUUGAAAAAAAUCUUAUCAAUUCUGAUCAAUUUUUCAAUAGAAAUACAGUACAUGUACAACGUUAUUCCGGUAAUUUACAUUUUAAAAAUAAAUCAUUUCAGCACGUAAGUCGACUCAAAUUAUAUCUAAACACACAACAUUGAAUACAAUGUAAUUAUACCAAUUUCUGCAUUAAUUAUACUACGAUGCGCGGUGGUAUUUUACAAAUUAACGGGAUUGUUUACGCGACCAUCUAUAAUGCCGUAGACCAGAUUUAAUGCCUGUUCCGGGUAGAUAAAUUGCGCGGACGCAGGGCGAAUAUGUAAUUUACGUUUAACCGGAAUAUUUUAUGAAAGAUUAAAUUUAUAUUAUGUAACCCUUUUCAGUUAAAUCCGCGCUAUUAAUUUUGAAUGAACGUACAAUAUUUUUUCCAGUAUAAAUGUAAAUGCUACCCACUUUCCCGUGAAAAAUCUAACGACGACAAAAGAAAUACUCCAAUAUUGCUCAUAUCAAACUAACCGAUGUUCAUUUCUUUUAAUGACCGACAAUCCGUUUUCUGCCGACCGUCAGACAAUAAUGCUCCGAGUCGUUUUUCAACUUCCCAAUACCUCCGUAAAAAUUUUAUCAACCUUUACAGUUAUUUCUCAAUUUCAACUUUAUCUCUUUCGAAACACGACGUAUCAAUGCCUCAUGUUUGUAUUUUUAGUAACGCAUUGGAGAUCGGACAACGAAAAUAAAGGAAUGCAUGUACAUUUUGAUUCGAAAAAUGCUCAUCUAAAAAAAGAACAGAGCUUGUUCAAUAGAACUUCCUAUUUUUUCUCAUUUUCACACAACUAAUUUCUUUCAAUUUCGCUUUCAUAGAAUGACCCUAAUCAUGAUAUUCUAAGUUGUUAUCACUUUAUGUGGCUUUACUUUACUUUUACUUUACUGUGACGUUAUUUUAACAAUAGCUCAUUAU